AGGAAAAACUGAGAGACAGUAAAGGGUUGAGGAGUUGGAAAGGGAUUAUUGUAUGGCAGGGAGAAUUCAGUUCCUAUCUUAAUGCGAAUCUAUCUAGUUCUCCCUUGGGUGACCAAAACACAGCUUGUCCUUUGAAACAUAUGAUUUUUGAAGUGCAGCAAUCCAACCUCACAAUGGGUUUAUUUGGGGAAUACAAAUAUUUCAUAAAUGUCUGCAAAAAAAAUGCAGAUAUCUGCGAAAACAUUGUACACAGAUGCAAUAUUUAUUGGGGGGGGGGAUGCAUUGCAAAAAAUGUGAGACUUAUUAGGAAUUGCUGUUGUUUGCCACUGUUUAUGGUGUGAAUGUAAUUUGUAUUUCUCCUUAAUCGUGGUGCUUUUGUAACCCACCCUGGGACUUUCUGCUGAAGGAUGUGCUAUCAAAUAAAUAAGCAAAUAAAUAAAUAAAUAAAUGCUGGAGUUUCGUUUGUUACCAUGAGCCCUUUCUGGGGAAUGGAAAGUGAAACAAAGAAUGCUUCGUAUAUAAGAAGCAACAAGUCCAGAUGCUGGAAGCUCAGCAAGAUGGAUCAACAGCUGCCGACAGGAAGAGGUCCAUUAGUCAGAGGCAACAACCAUAGGUGGCAACUCGAACCAGAUGUGUUUUGGCGGAAUUACACCCCUAUAGGACGACCCGAGCGUACUCAUCUCUUGUAUGAAAUCCGCUGGGGACAAAGUCACAGGUACUGGAGAAACUGGUGUACAAGCAACAGCACCCACCAUGCUGAAAUCAACUUUUUGGAAAAUGCCUGCGAGGAGAUAGACCGUCGGACAACCACCCCAUGCACUGUCACUUGGUUUCUAACAUGGAGUCCUUGUGGUAAAUGUAGUGGCCGUAUAAAGCAGUUCUUGCAGGAACACCCACAUGUGACCCUGGAGAUACGUGCUGCAAAAUUAUUCAAUCAUAAUUACUGGUGCAAUCAGAAAGGCCUCAGGGACUUGGCUAAUUUUGGAGUCCGGAUAUACAUCAUGCAGCUGGCUGAUUAUUUAUAUUGUUGGAGAACAUUUGUGGCUCACCAAAGGAAUGAAGAAUACUUUUCGCUACUGUGGCGUUUCUUGCCUUCAAUAAUGUUUUAUUCCCAACAACUGGACUCCAUCCUCAGGCCUUUCUGAGUUAUCCCAGGUGCUGUGGACCAUCACCUUCUGCUGUCAUCAGAGGAUCUGUGAUCUCCUUAAGAGCAGAAAGUUCUGAUGAUUCUUUUGCCAAGCCUUAAAUAUCUGUUUAUUUCAUGGGUAAACUAGAUGCGAUAGCAAACACAUUUAUAAAGACACUGACCAACGACGGGCCCAGGAUAGCACCCCACUUGUCACAUUUUUCCAGGAUGACAAGGAAGCAUUAAUGAGCAGUCUUUGGGUUCGGCCAGCCAACCAGCUACAAAUCCACCUAACAGUUACCUCGUUCAACCCACGUUUUACAAGCUGCCUCGCAAGAAUAUCCUGAGUGAUUUUGUCAAAAGCCUUACUGAAAUCAAGAUACACUAUGUCCACAGCAUUCUCCUGAUCCACCAUGCUUGUAACUCUGUCAGAAAAAAGAUAUGAGCGUCGUCUGGCAUGACUUGUUUUUGAGAAACCCAUGCCGGGUCUUAGUAAUCACUCAAUCCUUUUCUAAGUGCUCACAGACUGACUGUUGAAUUCUCUUUUCUAGGACAUUUUCUGGUAUCGAUGUCAAGCUCAAAUUUGUGGAAGACAAGGCUUUAUUGGCUACUAGGCAAUGUGUCCUUGUUCUACCUCCUCAGUCAGAGGCAAUAUGCCUCUGAAUUGCAGUUGCUAGGAAUCACCAGUGGGGAGUGCCCUGUUGCUCUCAUGUUCUGCUUGCCUGAGUCCCAUCUGGUUGGCCACUGUGAGAACAGGAUGCCGGACUGGAUCGGCCUUUGGCCUGAUCCAGCACAGCUCUUCUAAUGUGCUCGUGAAGGUAACCUCUGAAAAUCACUGUUAGGCACAAUUAACUUCCCUUUCAAGGGUAAUAGCAACUGCAGGGUGUGGAAUGGGUUCUUCAGAUCACAGCAGGGCAGUAGGAUAAAACCUCUCCUACUUGCUUUGCCUCCAGUAGUCCCAAUUAAAAUUGCCCCCAGGCCUGCUAUUAAUUUUAAAAUGGACAUUGAUACGAUUUAAAAUAAUGUGUUUAGCAUCUCGUCUGUCCACUUGUGUCUUCAAAUGGUUGUUAUGCUUUUUAAUAAGUUAGGAAUUAUUUUUAUGAUGUAUGCACUUAAGUCCGGAUU